AUGUCGCUAUUUGGAGCAUCUCCGGAAGAGCCCCCGGCGGCAUCCUCCACACACAAGUCCAAGGCCUCGCUCUUUGCGGACGAGUCAGCCGCUGGCUCCUCGUCGCUCUUCGCAGAUGAUAUCGGGGACGACAGCUCUUCAGCCUGGAACCCUCAGAACAACACCGCGAAGCGGACAGCUCGGCGCGAUCUUGUCCGAACCCUCCUCCCUGCCACUGAUGUCCCUGAGAGCUACAUCGACGCCUACGAUCUGAUCCUGAACAGCGGAGACAGAGUUGGCUCCGGCGUGGGACUGACCUCGAUCCGGGAGAUCCUUUCCAGCAGCGGACUGACCGCGUCAGACCAGGGCAAGAUCUUGAACCUCGUCGUAUCUGGAGACCAUGAAAAUUCGGGAGGCCUUGGCCGUCCUGAAUUUAACGUGCUGCUGGCGUUGAUCGGCCUUGCGCAAGAAGGCGAGGACCUGUCCUUCGACGCCGUGGAUGAUCAUCGCAAGAAACUCCCUCAGCCACGAAGCGAAUUCCUCGAUCGAUUGCGGACGUCUCAUGAUUCCUCCGUUGGCCCCACGCACGACGCACCAAGUACGCCUCCGCCCCAGCCCUCCCCGCUGCAAGAACCUAAUUCAGCCCGCUCGCGACGGUCGCGACGAGAGUCGCUGGGCGGCUUGGAGUCGGAUCCUUGGGCAAGCCCCGAUCUCCAUCGACACCACAAUCAUACAACCGUGACCUCCGAACAACGUGUAAUCAAUGGAUAUAGCAGCAUGCGUUCUACGACAAAUGCCUGGUCGAGCAGACAAGUCGAGGAAACCAGCCAGGGCGAGGUCCGCCCCGAACCUGUCAACGGGCCACCGGAGCCGAUGGCACCGAGUAGCUCUGGGUCUGGCUGGGGUGGGAACAUCAGCAUCACGCCCGGCGACGAUGCUUUUGGCGCACCGCCACGCCCGGCAUUGGGUGGAUUCGGACCUCCUGGCGAUGAUCCAAGUGAACCGGCGCCGCGGCGUCGGUCAUUGGGAAUCGCUCGGACGACGAACCCCAAUGUCGAGGAGAGCGUGAUUAUUACUCUCCUGCCCGAGAAAGAGGGCAUGUUCAUGUUCCAACACCGCAACUAUGAAGUAAAGUCAGCGCGACGGGGCAGUACCGUCGUGCGUCGCUAUAGCGAUUUCGUGUGGCUGCUUGAUUGUUUGCAGAAGCGAUUCCCCUUUCGCCAAUUACCUCUUCUCCCACCGAAGCGUGUUUCAGUCAAUGGUACUCACCUCUCAGCGGAUUCGAGCUCUUUCCUUGAGAAGCGUCGCCGUGGCCUCAUCAGAUUUACGAAUUCCCUCGUUCGCCAUCCUGUUCUUGGCCAGGAGCAGCUGGUAGUGAUGUUUCUAACCGUUCCUACGGAGCUCUCUGUCUGGCGGAAGCAAGCGACCAUCUCGGUCCAAGACGAAUUUGUUGGCCGGAACCUGCCGCCGGAUCUUGAGGACUCGCUACCAGCGACGCUGGAUGAAACCUUCGAUACCGUCCGAGGCGGCGUGAAGCGAUCCGCCGAAAUCUAUAUUAAUUUGUGCACUCUGCUCGAGCGAUUGGCUAAGCGCAAUGAUGGCUUGGCUGCCGAUCAUCUUCGAUUCUCAUUGGCCCUGCAAUCUUUGACCGAGGUCACCAAUGAUACCUACUCGGUUGACACUAAUGAUAUUCCAUCCCUGAACACCGGGAUCACCGCGACGGCCCGCCACCUCUCUGCUAGCCAAAGCUUGUUGGAGGACGAGGCUCGAGCCUGGUCCCAGGGCGUUCUCGAAGAUCUGAAGCGACAGCGGGACUGCUUGGUCAGUGUUCGCGAAAUGUUCGACCGGCGGGACCGGUACGCGCGGAAUAACAUCCCCCAGCUCGAGCGGCGCAUUGAGACCAAUGAGCGUAAGCUCCAGGAACUGCGAGCCCGGCCGUCGGGCACUGUCAAGCCAGGGGAGAUUGAGAAGGUGGAGGACGCGAUUUUCAGGGACAAGGAAUCGAUUGUGCAGCAACACGCCCGCGGGGUAUUUAUUAAGGAGUGUAUCCGGGACGAAUUGGUCCACUUCCAACAAAGCCAGUAUCACAUCAGCCGGCUACACCAAGACUGGAGCCAGGAACGGGUGAAGUACGCCGAACUGCAGGCGGACAACUGGCGCCGUCUGAGUGACGAGGUCGAGGGUAUGCCGACUGGGGAGUAG